AUGGUGCACGAAGCACCGGAAGAAGAAGAUCGGCGGCGAGCCGCUUUUGAUGUUGGCGUGGCGGUUGGGUUUGGGGCAUGUAAUAGUCAGUGCGUCUUCCUCCUACGCAACUAUUAUGUCGGCAGUACAGUACGUAGAAGAACGGAAGAUGACUUUCGAUAGCAAGGAAAGAAUCGACAGCAAAAGGACUUUGUAGUUGGAGAGGGGCAAGGUCGUACGGGGAAUGACAUGGGAGUAUGA